CUGAUUUUGAACUUUGCAGAAGUAUGUGCAAACUUUAUCAGGCAGGUGUGGCUCUGCUGCUGCUGCUGUGGGAAUAAACCACCAAAUCUCUGCCUUUUUUUCUUCACAUCGGACAGUGUUGAAGUACUGGUCCGCCGCUCUGCUACAGGAACUAUAUUGCGAAGUUUGUGUCUUCAGCUCACACAGAUACGAUGGAGUCGACUGUGGUGAACCUGUACAACCAGUUUCAGAUUCUCAGAGCCCAUGUAGACGGUCUGAAUGAGGGCAUUGAACCACAGUUUCUCCAGAUGGCAGUGAACUUUGAGGACUGCCGUAAGAAGUGGUUGCGGGCAGGUGAGGAGCUGGUUUCCUGUAAAGAGAUGCUGACUAAAGCAGAGACUGAGAGGGGAGCCCUGGAGGUCAAACUAAAACACGCUCGGAACCAGGUGGACGUGGAGAUCCGGCGGCGGCAGAAGGCUGAGGCAGUCUAUGAGAAGCUAGAGCGACAGCUGCAGCUGAUCAGAGAGCUGCUGAUUUCAGAGAACAACGGCAGCAGUAUUCACCUAAGUGAGGAACAACGCUCAGCCCUGGCCUUCCUUAGUGCCCACUCCCAGGCAGCACAAGCUGCUAAUACCAACCUCAACUCCAGCCGAAGAUUAACUACUAUCGAUGAAUCAGCUUCUUUGCUUUCAGACAUCAGCUAUGACCAAACGGACGACUCUCUGGACUGGGAUUCCUCUGUGAUGAAGAAUGUGAGACUGCGCAAACGGCAGAAACGACGUUCGUCCAGAAGACGUUCUGAACUGAACUUACAGUCUGUGAAGAAACCACGAUCCGCUGGAUGUCCGUCAGACAGGAUGAAUGAGUCCAUUGUGGCCAAAACAACCAUCACGGUGCCUGUAAAUGGCGGCGCUGUUGAGGCCGUCUCCACCAUUGAAACUGUGCCCUACUGGACACGCAGCAGAAAGAAGAGUGUGGCUCCACAGUGGGGCGAUACGACAACUGACCAAUCAGAGACUGUGAGUGAGACUCCCAGCACACCAGUCCCAGAUUAUCCAGCCCAAGGCCAAACCCCCAGAGCUAAUAAAGGAGGAAAGAAGCACCAUUUCAUGCCCAAAACUGUUAUCAAGUCUGAGUUCUGUAUGCCAUGUGGAAAAAGAACAAAGUUUGGCAAGCUUUAUCUCCGCUGCCAGGAUUGUAGGAUUGUGACCCAUCCAGAGUGUCGUGACCACUGUCCCCUGCCCUGUAAUCCCACAGCUGUUAGUACUCCCAUCAAGAACACAGAGGCCACCCUGGCUGACUUUGCUCCAGCCACCACCCCACAGAUCCCAGCUUUGGUUAUCUACUGCAUUAAGGAGAUUGAACGCAGAGGCCUACAUGAGGUUGGCCUGUACAGAGUUUCUGGCCAGGAGCGGAUGGUGAAAGAGCUGAAGGAGAAGCUCAUUAGAGGAAAGACUCUGCCUCCCCUGAACAAAGUGGAAGACAUCAAUGUCAUUACAGGUGUCCUCAAAGACUUCCUCAGAAACCUUCCAGAGCCACUGCUCACCUUCCACCUCAACAAAGCUUUCAUGGAAGCAGCUGAAAUCCAGGACGAUGGCAACAGUCUUGCCAUGUUGUAUCAGACAGUCAGUGAGCUGCCUCAACCCAACCGAGACACGCUGGCCUGCCUGAUGAUCCAUCUGCAGAAAGUGUCUCAAAGUGUGGAUACCAAGAUGGACGUAAACAACCUCGCUAGAGUGUUUGGCCCCACCCUUGUGGGUCAUGCUGUCCCUGAACCAGACCCUAUGACCAUCCUGCAUGACACCAGUAGACAGCCAAAGAUUAUAGAGCGCUUGCUCAGUAUUCCAGGAAGCUACUGGAGCCAGUUUGCCUACCCAGAUAACGUAGGCAUGGAUAACGCUCAGCACGCUGGCACUCCAAACCAAAAAGUGAGCAUAUUGGGACCCGUGACGACUCCAGAGCACCAGAUGAUGGCGAAAACACCUUCUUCCAGCUCGUUGUCUCAGCGCAUGAUGCAGACCCUGUCCAGUACCACCCUGUUUGGGAGCAAGAGCAAAGCAUCAUCUGCCUCACACCGCCAGGGCAACUUCUUUGCUUCUCCACAGCUGAAAUAAAGGAAUAAAAGGAAAAAAAAUCUCACUCACAUUAUACUCCUGGGUUACAUACUGCAAAACCAGAAUAUAUAUCUACAUAAUCAUGUGGGAGAUUUACUGUGCAAUUUUGGCAAUGUUACUAGUUUUCUUUUUCUUUGAAAUGUUUCAAGAAAACUUUUUAACCAGAUUUUUUUUCUAUGAAAACAUACAAGAUGUGCAUUGUUUUUUUUUUUCUAUCUGUGAUUACUAAUGUUUUAUUGUCGACCAAAACUGUGGUAACAUCUUUGUGACUGUUAGUUGUUUCAAGGUUUUAAUGACCAAGCAACCAAUCUAAACUAAUUUGAGGAUCAAUAUCUUCGACCUUGUGUGUAAUGUUCAAAAGCUGUGAAUUCACUGGUGUCUGUUUUGAACCUGUGGUUAUAACCACAAUGACAGCGAUGCAGCAGCACACAUAAAACACACAACUGGAAUGAACAGGGAGGAAAGGAGCUGCAUUUUUGGCCAGUGUCUUUUUGGCUUUGGUUGCUUUGUCGUCCUAAAACAUUUGUUUGAAUGAUUUAACAUUUUAUUUUCUAUUUAUGUUGAUGUUCCUAAUGUAAACCAAUCAUGACUAUUUUAACUUGUGAACACUUUAACAGUACUACUAUGCAAACACUGACACUGAUGUGGAAUGUCGUUGCAUUUUGCACCCUCUGUAAAAAAAAAAACAAAAAAACAGUGUUUUCUACUUUGUAAUGUAAACCACUAGAGGCUGCUGUUGCACCACUUUUGAUAUGUAAGCCUUUACUAAUAGAGAAGAUAUACUAUAUAUUAUGCACAUAACCAGUCAGAAUCACCGACACUCCUUACAUUGAUAUACUGGUAGAUCAUUUAAAAGUUAUUCUGCUAACACAGUGCAGUACAGUCUAAGACUCACAUUAAUAUGGGCAUCACAAAAUAAAAUCUGGAGCUGCAUAAAUUUAUGGAUGUGAAAACUGAUUUGCAUGCACACCUACUGCAGUAUUUGUUACCACAGUAGCUCUAUUGUACUGUUAAACUAUCAGUGUGCAACAGAAGUUAGUGUUCCUGAAAAAUUGUCCCUCUGCUGCUCUCAUCAUCACCUUUGGCAGAUAUUGAUGCUAGCGAUUCAGGUAAGACAAGCUAUUCUGAGCGAGAUGAUUAUGUUGAUGAAAACUGACUCUCAAUAUUGACUCACUGAAACAAAAUCCAGCUAUGUUUGAAGCUGUAAGACUCCUGCAUUGUUUUUUUACAUAUGAUACUUAUUGUACAUUUAUUCCUUUUAUAUGAUUCUGUUUUUUUAAUGAAACAUUUUGAUUGUCUGCCUUCUGCCAAAGAUCUUGUGGACUGAAUGUAUACAAAAGUCCACUGCGGAGCUAAAAAUAAAAGAUUUUCCUUUGUC